CAGGUCUUCUUCUUGAGUAAUACCAGUUCUGAAUCAACAGAGGGCGCUGUGGUUUCACCCAAAGACAGCUUCUCUAGUGCUCUGACUAAAAACACAGUGGCUAUGUUGGUUUGGCUUGCCCUCAGUGCCAUCAACAGCAGCAUGGUGCACACCUUCCUGCGGCAUAGUCUGUUCUACGAGAACCCGCGCUACAUCAUGUUCAUCUACAUGGUGGUCAACGACGCUCUGCAGCUCACGCUGGUGACAGCUCUGUAUGUGGUCAGCUACAUCUUCAGGAAGAUCCACACCUCUGUCUGCUGCCUGCUGAUUAUGACAGCCAUCCUGACCACGCGCUCCACCCCUCUCAUCCUGGCCGGCAUGGCUGUGGAGCGCUUCAUCUCCAUCUGCUUCCCUCUCUACUACUGCCAGACGUGCACCGUCCACCGCACCCUCGCCCUCAUCGGUGUCAUCCUCGUCCUCGCCGCCACCCCUCCAAUCACAGACCUCUUGAUUACCAUCGUCAAGGAGCCUCAGAGCUUCUUCCACAAUGCCAUCUUUUGCGACCAUUCGCUUCUCUUCCGUGACCAGUCCAUUUACUACAAGAACUGUGUGUUUGAUGGUUUGUACCUGUCCUUCGUGGUGCUGAUGCUGCUCUACACCUACUGUAGGAUUAUGCUGGCAGCUCAAGCCGCAUCCACAAGUCUGGCAUCGGUGAAGAGAGCCAGGAACACAGUGCUUCUUCACGGGGUGCAGCUGCUGCUGUGCAUGCUGGCCUUUGUGGUUCCCUCCCUCCAGGCUGCUCUCAUCUCCAUCUUCCCCCAGCUCAGCCUGGAGAUCCGCUACAUCUUCUUCCUGCUCGUCUACAUCAUUCCUCGCUUCCUUAGCCCAGUUAUCUACGGCUUUCGGGACAAACUGUUCAGGAAGUACUGGAUCCGUUAUCUGUUUUGUCAGUGGAUCAGAAGGAUCAGACCUGUUGUGAUGAAAUCAGGUUGAAAUUCCUCAGGAACCAGAAACUCAUCCCUCAGUCUGCUGUGUACGAGAUCCAGGUCCAAGUGUCAAAUUCCAGAUGUCAUCUUUAAUUUUAUUUCAUUUUUCUUUAAUGAACACAUCAGUUGUAUUGGAGGUGGUGAUUGAGGAUGUGAAGUGGUAUAUUUCAGUUCUUGAAUAAAAGAUGAGUGGUGUAAAUGUAA